UUUAACGGAUUAUCAUUUGGAGUCGUAUGUAUAUGCAUCAUAUGAGAUUGGGUGGGUGAGUUGGUUUUGUAUUCCGAUGGCUUUUUCUUCAGCUUCACCGAGUUCGGGCGGCGCCGCCGGGCAUUCGAAGAGGGCAUUAGGGUUUUUUAGGAAUGUCAUGAAACAAAAAGACGGAUUCAUUCAAUUAUUCGCGAUGACGGGAAUUCUGCUCUUAAGCAUGAGAUCUUUGGGGCAGAAGUACCGAAUGCAUGGGCUUGAAGAGGAUACACACGCGCUGAAGGAGGAGCACAACUCACUCACUGAUCGCAUGAAAAACAUCAAGGGCGCACUGCUUCACGAAGCUUCUCAAGACUCCACCGGCGUCUUCGCUUCUCGUCUUCGCCUUCUCUUCGGCGAACAAUAUUGAUCCCCUCCUUCCCUGUGAGUUAUAGAUAGGCUCUUAUGCGUCUUUGCCUAUUGUUUCUAUGCUUAUCAAUCUCUGGAUAAAAUAAUGUAAACCCUCGUGACUUGUAGAAACUAUGUUUGUUCUGCCUCUUAAAUCUGAUAAUGAAAAUUAGACUCGUAAAUAAAAGUCUUUGACGGUGAUUGUUGCUUGCUAGGAAUACAUUGGUCUGCUUAUGGCAUGGUCGUGGUUCUUGUUGAGGAUGUUAAAUGUUUGUACUUCAAGCAUACCUUAAAAUUAAAUGUAAUGUGCGGUGAGAAUGAAUAAAGAAUGAAUAGAAGGGAUAGACGCAUCUUUAUAUACAUUUAGAAAUUGGAAUACUUGGAAACUAACUGUGUUGUGAAUACUGGACUUGCAAUUUACUGUUGCCUGUUCAUGAUCAGAUAACUUUUCUUCUCAAAUGAGGUUCAGUGC